CCCCUCAGGUCUGACUGUUGUUAAGAUUAAUGCUUUAAAUGCUGCUAUGGAGGCGGCUUGCCUUGUCUUAAGUGUUGAUGAGACAUUCAAGAAUCCUAAGAACUUAUUAACUGAGUUAGAGAGAGAUGUCAAGACAAUUAGUAACUAUUACGUUGUUGGCGUCAUUUGCUUUCUUACUUGUGAAUGCUUUUGAUCCAAACCAUGGUCAAGACUUCUGUGUUGCCGCUGAUGAACCAAAAGAUGCAGUGUUUGUGAACGGAAAGUUUUGCAAAGAGCAUACCUUAGUCACAGCUGACGAUUUCUUUUACGACGGUGGGCUUGACAAAUCUGGCAACACAGCCAAUCCUCUUGGAUCUGAAGUUACUUCUGUGAAUGUUAUGCAAUUGAAAGGUCUCAAUACUCUUGGUAUCUCCUUGGCUCGUAUCGAUUUUGCACCUUACGGACUGAAUCCGCCACAUUCCCACCCUCGUGCGACAGAAGUCCUCUUAGUGCUAGAGGGCAACCUUCUGGUUGGCUUUGUGGGGUCUAACCGUCCGGAUCAGAAGAAUCGUUUGUUUAAAAAAGUAUUAAAGGCAGGAGACGUUUUCGUAUUCCCAGAAGGAUUAAUCCAUUUUCAACAGAAUAUAUAUGAAAGUAAUUCGGUCGCUUUAGUUGGAUUAAGCAGCGAAAAUCCAGGGACGAUAACGAUUACGAAUGCACUGUUUGGUUGUAGUCCAGACCUGUCUCCUUAUUUGCUGGGCAAGGCGUGUCUGUUGGAUAAAGACACGAUAAUCUAUUUGCAAUCGCAAUACUGGUGGGACAAUAAUAAUUAAAUGGAGAUUGAAAUAUAGAAUAAGAUAUGUGUGUGCUAAAGUAAUGUUUUUAUUUGAAUAAAUACAUUUGAGUGAUGUAUCUUUUUAUUAAUUGAAUGGAUGUGAUUGUUGUUAUAAUAUAAGAUAAUAUAUAUAUAUAUCUUAUAUUAUGACAUUAAUAAUUGGUAUGGUUUUGUUUGAACCAUGUCCAAGAGCUAGAUUGAUGUUGGUUUUUAUGAGUUUUUAUA